GCGCAGUUAGACAUGACGCGCGCGCGUCCGAGACUCAUCAGAACUCCGCGAUGCGGGUCGAGGCGCCGGUGUGUUCGGUAACGGGUCUGAGGAGCGGUCACGCGUCGGUUCGUCCAUGAGAAGCUCUGCGGCGGCGCUGUUUGCGUGUGUACUCGCGGUUCUGCUCCACUGGCUCGGCUGGACCGACAGAACCGCGCUGCUGUCGGGCUUCAGUUCUGCAGACAACCAGAAGGCUGUGCAUGAGGUGUUGGUGGGCGUUUUGUCGGCUCGGCACCAUUAUGAGCUCCGGCAGGCCAUCAGAGACACAUGGCUGGGCUACAUCACACAUCACCCGCACUUCAGCACACGGGUGAUGGUGAAGUUCAUCGUGGGCGAACAUGGCUGUGCGGUCGCUCCAGAGGAUCGUGAAGACCCGUAUUCCUGCACACUUCUGAACCUCACAGAGACCGUGUCGGAUGAGGAGAUGUCCAUCUUGAGUGUCCCUGAGGGCUCAGCGCUGGUGCCGUGUGACGUCUCUGCGCUCAGUCUGGACUUCAAGGUCCUUCACUCGGUGGUCAUCACUCAGCUGGGCGUCUUUCCCAACGGCCCGAGACACGAGUUCACCGGGAACGUCACCGUCCGGCUGCUCCAGGUGGACCAAGAGGAGGCGGUGGUGAGCGCUCGCUUCAGCACACUAAGUCCAGGAUCACGUGUGGGUGGGAUGUUUUACAAGCCCGUGGAGCAGUUCAUUCUACCCAAGGGUUUUGAGGGAACGCUCCUGUGGGAAGCUCAGGAUUCGUCCGGUCUGAUGUCUGUCAACACUUCAGCGGUUCGUCUGAAUAACGGCGGAGGCGUUCUCAAGUUUGGAUCUGUUGAAGAUGGCACGUUGCCUCACAGGAGCGCUCUGGGCUUCCCGGGUCUGGCUGGAGGAUUCAUGUUUUCAGUGUACGAUGUGGAGGUGUUGUCUGAGCUGUUGCGUGGGCGAGCGGGACGGCAGCGGAGUCGAGUGGAUCAGCUGAAACACGAGGACGAAGCCCUGCGGGACGAGAGCCUCAGACACGGAGACAUGGUGUUCGUGGACGUGGUGGACACCUACAGGAACGUGCCUUUAAAACUGCUGCAGUUUUAUAAGUGGUCGGUGGGAAACGCUGACUUCAAGCUGCUUCUCAAGACUGAUGAUGAUUGUUAUAUCGACGUGGACGCCGUCCUGCUGAAGACGGAGCGCCUCACACACACCAUCACACACACCAGCCUGUGGUGGGGCAAUUUCCGGCAGAAUUGGGCUGUGGAUCGAGUGGGUAAGUGGCAGGAACUGGAGUAUGCGAGUCCUGCGUAUCCGGCCUUCGCCUGCGGAUCCGGAUAUGUGGCGUCCCGGGAUCUGGUGGAGUGGCUGGCCAGCAACGCACAGCAUCUGAAAGCGUACCAGGGAGAAGAUGUGAGCAUGGGCAUUUGGAUGGCUGCGGUGGGACCUCGCAAAUAUCAGGAUUCAGGCUGGCUGUGUGAGAAGGAGUGUUUCGUGGACAUGUUGUCGUCCCCGCAGCAUUCGGCUCAGGAGCUGCGCUCGCUUUGGGAACGGAAGAGGAAGUGUGGCGAUCCCUGCGGAUGUGCCUGAACUCUGAUGUCUCACACUCUUCUCUUCUCUUCUCUUAAUAAUGUUCACUUGUCCUUUUCUGUUGUUGGUCACAGGCUGGCUUUGAGGAUCCACCAGAAGACGAGACAAAACUCCAGGGUUUGUGAAUCGUCAGGGCAGCUUUCCUGUUCUUUAUCUUGUCACGUGUCUUUCU